GCAGGUUCAUCGACCACAGUGGCGUUGCAUCGAAACUGUUUGUGAAAGUAAAUAGGGCCUACUCUCGAGGCAAAUUUGACUCGUCUCUACGGAGGACAAUUACCUGUCACUAUGAUGAAACAUGGAGCGAAGUUCGCCUGUACACAUGCUAAAACUGUUCACGCAGGAUUGGGUCAACACAAUCUCACGCAGGAUACACGUGGGCUUACACCUAGCCGGAUUUUUACGUGUAGCACCGCACGGUAUUUCAGCGCUACCAGUUUGCCGUUAAAUCGUAACCGCGACCAGGAGGGGAUACACAACAGUGGGAAGAAACUUUUUACUCCCGGACCCCUGUGUACCAGCAAGACUGUGAAAGAGGCUAUGCUGCUGGACUAUGGAUCCAGAGAUACAACUUUCAUUGAAACUGUCAAGUACAUCAGAGAAAAGCUUUUGGAUGUCGCAGGUGUUGAUCCAUCUCAGUACACAUGUGUACCUCUGCAGGGGAGUGGCACCUAUGCAUUAGAAGCUGUUAUAUCAAGUACAGUACCUCGGCAAGGCGGGAAGGUGUUGGUCCUAGCCAAUGGGGCAUAUGGAAUGCGAGUAUCAAGGAUAUGUAAAGCACAUAAUAUAGACCACGUAUUGUGCCGCUUUCCUGAUGAAGAAAAAGUCAGGGUAGAAGUCGUGGAAGAAGCCCUUAAACAAGAUACUUUCACCAACGUUUCUAUAGUACAUUGUGAAACAAGUUCAGGCGUCAUCAAUCCUGUAGAAGAUGUGGGGUUGCUAUUGAAAAGAUACACAGAUGCUACUUACUUUGUGGAUGCAAUGAGCAGCUUUGGGGCGAUUCCCCUCGACAUGGUUGCAUGUGGUGUCGACUACUUGGUUAGUUCGGCGAACAAGUGCAUCGAAGGCAUACCGGGAUUCUCAUAUGUUAUCGCAAAUCGAGAAAAGCUAUUUAACAGCAAAGGAUGGAGUAGGACACUAUCAUUCGACCUUGUGGAACAGUGUGAAGGAUUAGAUCAAAAUGGUCAAUUCAGGUUCACCCCUCCUACCCAUGUCAUGCUGGCAUUCAAACAGGCAUUAAUUGAACUGGAACAAGAAGGUGGCGUCAAAGGAAGAGCCCGCAGAUAUAAAGAGAACCGAUCAGUGCUGCGGGAUGGCAUGACGAAACUCGGUUUUAGAGAGUUGCUGGAUGACUCACACAGAGGUUACAUCAUCACUUCCUACCAUUUCCCGAACGACCCCAACUUCGAUUUUAAGACGUUUUACACACGUCUAGGUGACUUGGAUCAGGUUAUAUACCCAGGGAAGAUGACAGAGGUAGAUUGCUUCAGGAUAGGUAACAUUGGGCAUCUAUUUCCAGCCGACAUGCGAAAGCUUCUGGAUUGCAUAGAGCAUGUGUGCAAUGAAAUGCGCCUAAAGAUUCCUAUCGUUGGCUAAUGGUCCUUUUGAGUUUUUACGCUUGACCUCUUCUGUUGAUCAUUAUAGAUAAUGACAUACUCGCUGCAGUUCUUUCACUUCAUAUCACUACGAUCAGAGGUUUAUUGUAUCGCUAUCUCGAUCCCUUGCCAGCAGUUUGAAUCGGUGUAAGUAGGCCUAUAUUUAUAUAUCGUAUCGAGGUCCUAGCAAAGUGAGCAGUGCAAGUGAUUGCCAAGCUAUAGGGGGCCGGGGCAUGCUCCCCUGGCAAAUUUUUGAAAAAAUUGUGCAAUGUGGUGCAUUUUAAGCUAUUCUUAACACAUUGUAUCAGGAGUCUAUCAAUUGAUAGACUCCUGAUUGUAUGAGACUCGAUCUUGAAUCUCUUUUUCAAGUUGUCAAAUGUUUCGUAAGGGAGGCGGUGUUUUGGACAAAUUUGCUCGCUCGUGUCAAUGUAUGGGAAACACUGUACCAUCUAUAAAAACAAUAGAGCUAUAUAUAUAUAUGUGUGUAUAUCACCAUGACCAUGGGUUAUUGCCACGCUCUAUUGUAGUAUAUGGGGCCCCUGCACACAGCCAAGUAUCUAUGCAACAUGCACACCUUAGUAAUGGUGUCACGUCACAGCUCAACCUUUUAUAUCACAGGCAGGGUGAUUCAAGCAUUUAAACCACGUGUGUCAACAUGGUUGUGUGCCAAUUUAAAUGGAUUUUUUUUUAAACAACAUCAACAAUCCUGUGAUAUAUCAAGCUUGUUAGGGUUAUUUUUGAAAUUAAAAUGUAAUACACAGAUCUCUAAUCAUUGAUUGUAAAGGCCUUAUCUGUAGCGUGGCUGCCAAAGUCGGUCUGUUUUUAAAAGUCGCGUGGCAUUAACUCGGAUGUUAUAACGUUUCAUGGCAGUAGUGCAUGAUAGUCAUUAGUAACGUCAUUCAAAGCUUGUCAAUGUUACUGAACUUAUUUUGACCAUGAAAUUGAUCACGAAUUAUCAUGUCUCCACUGUAAUUAGUGUGCAAAUACUGGAUGAAAUCUAGAAAUUCAUAUCAAAGAAAGUCGAAGAGAGCUGUGAUUAGAGUUAAAUAGAGUGAAUAGACUAUAGAGUGAAAUAUGCGGUUGUAAUUCUGGGUACCAUAUAUCUAACGCUGAUCACAAUCUAACCAAAUAUACUGCAAAAUUAGGAAUGA